CAAAACUAUAAAUGUAGUAGGAGCAUGGCAAUGAAUUUCACAUGAUCGUAGGACAUGGUGCAAUGAUUCCGAAGCAAUAGGAAAAAUCGAGGGACCAAAAUGUAAUUCCUGUGAAUUUUCUUUUUACCCAAUCGUUCCCUUUGCAAAAAGGGGCACGUAUGGAGUUGUUCGAGAGCGCAUCAUUGAAUUUCUGAAUUGAAUUGGCCGGAGCCAACACUACGCCAGGGUGGUUAUCGCAAAAAAGGUGAGGCAUCCGGGGGCAGAAUUGCCACAAACCCCAAAGAUCAAGGGGCACGGUGUAAUUCCACCAAAGAUAUACGACGCCGUUUCUUCAUGACCAGUUCAAAUUCGAACGGGGCGGGGCGGGGCGGGGGCGGCUGCAUUGCUCCUCCUCCGCCUCCCUCCUCCCGAGCCAAGAGACCGUCGCCGGAACCAGAGAGGCGAUCGGCGCCAAACGAAACCCUAGCCGCCUCGCUCCAUCAUCACCUCCGUUGCGCCUCCGUGAUGACCUCGCAGGUCGCUCCUUACUCCAUCGACGACAAGGACCUCGACGACGCCGCGCUGUGGGCGUUGAUGGACUCCGCCGCCGCCUCCGCCUCUCUCCCCUCCAGACCUCGCAAGCUGCUCCCGGUCAAGCACUCCUCCGCUCACCAGUCCCCGACUCCCGUCUCCUACCGCUCCCCGCCGGCUCUCGCCUUCCCCGCCAGAUGCAACAAGCGAGCUCACCGCUCGCCUCGCGCGGACUCGGAUUCCGGGGCUCUCUGGGACGGAGAGGUCGUGCAGGAGCCGGUGGACGGCGGUUACUGGCCGCCGCCGCCGCCGCCGCCUCCGCAUAAGAUCGCCAGGUCUUGCGGCUACGAAGCGAGCGAGGCCAGUCCCCUGCCGCUGGUGAGGAGCGCGCAGCGGACGCCGACGACGCCGAUGCGCUCGCCGCCGGAGGCGUACUUGUCGCCGGAGAUCUCGAGGUCGGCGAUGAGCUCGCCGGGGUACUGUGUGCAGAGCGAGGAGAAGGAGGUCAUGAGGCAUUGCUUGAAUGGGAAGUUUCCUACGGUUUCGCUGUUCAAGGAGUAUCAGAAUGCUGCCAUGGCGAUUCUGGAGAAGACUGACUACACAAUGAUUUCUGGGAACCCGUUUAUAAAGAAGUCAGGUUGGAGAAAAAUAUCAUUCUACUUCAACCUUUCUUACGAAAUCAGAGAUAAGACGAUUGAAUUUGAUGAGAACAGGAAUGUACAGCGCGCUGAGUUUGUCGUCCGAGCAUACAUGCAGGGCGGUCGGUUUUCUGAUGGUUGGGGCUCAUGUGAGCGGCGAGAGAAGAGAUUUUCAAAACCAAAUCAUGAUAUCCCUAGUACAGCUGAAACUAGAGCGAAGAAUAAAGCGUGCCAGGACUUGCUGGGUAUUGGGGAGUAUCGUCCAGGUGCAAGCCGUGCUCCGUGAAUAGUAACUCUUCUCUUCCUGGCACAGAUAAAGUCCACGUUCCUUAGCUCUUACAAUUCUCAGUGACCAGAGUCGUACGUUGUAACAAAACGGUCGUUUUAGCCACAGAUAGCUAUAAUCAAUUCUUGGAGUGGGAGGCAGAAGAAAUUCGGGAAACCAACGUUAUGCAGUGUCCCGGCAUCCCAAUCUCUCUUUGUUAUACCUGAAUUUACUCAUGUAAAUGCUCAUUACAGAGUGAAUUUGUGACUCAUAUUUCCGAAGUUUGUA